UUGAGCGACUUAAAAAGAAUUUUGAAAAUACGCUGUUACGGUUACGGCAACGACCUCCCAUGUCGCCAUGGACGCUCCCGACGCCGACGCCGACGACGCGCCCUUGCCUCCCUCCGCCGAGCUCUCUCCGCAGCUCGUGGCCUUCCUCGACGCGCAUUUCGCCAGCCCCGGGGACCUGCCGGGGGCGGCCGAUCUCUCGUCGGAGCUGGGCCGGAGGUGCGCCGAUCUGGACGGCGACCUCGCGGCCCUCCGCGGCCGGAUCGCGAGGCUCGCCGUCUCGUGGAUCUACCGCUCGCUCGGGGCCAAGUCUUUGAUCCAGAAGUCGCUCGUCAAGUUGGAGAAUCUCAGCGUCCGCACGUCGCAAUACGGUGGUGGACAGUCGAAUAGGAGUCGAAGAACUUUCGGCGAGGAGCUUCCUUGGCUUGCGAAAGAGGUGCAGCGCGUCGAGAACAUUCGCGAAUACGUCGGGACUGCAUUACAGCUUGAAGUGCUGGUUGGAGAUCUGGAAGAUUCAGUUAUCUCUGUGAAUCGCCAAGACAGGAAUGUCUUGUCCGGAAAAUAUUUUGCUUCAUCUGUUCUGAUGGAAACUGGACGGAGUAGAGAGAAGUUGCUUCAAGCAAUAAAAACCAUGAACGAUAUCGAGGACCUAGUGAUUGGCAUUUUGAAAUCUCGACCUCGAUGGUGCCAUCUUUUGAAAUCUGUGGAUAGCAGAGUCGACAAAACUCUUGCUGUUCUUAGACCGAAAGUCAUUGCAGAUCAUAGGUCUCUUCUUGCUUCCCUAGGAUGGCCACCAAAACUUGUGACGACGGCUAUGGGGGAUGGAGAAGUCUCUAGCAUACCAAAUCCUCUAGUUUUAAUGCAAGGAGAGAAGAGAGAGAGUUAUGCUCACAGUUUUCUAUCUCUUUGCGCACUGCAGCAUCUGCAGACACGAAGGGAAGAGCGAAAACAGAAACUUUUGGGUUUAAAUGAGAAGCGAUCGAGGCUUUGGGCCAUUGAUGAGCUGGUGUCUCCCAUUGGAGCACGGAUGGAGUACCACUUUACUAAAUGGAUUCACCAGCCCGAAUUGAUUUUUGCUCUUGCAUUUAAAGUUACGAGGGAUUUCCUGGUUGGAGUUGAAGAUGUUUUGCAGCCUCUGAUAGAUAAGGCCAGGUUGGUUGGCUUUAGUGCCAGAGAAGCUUGGGUUUUUUCAAUGGCUCAAAUGCUUUCUGGAUUCCUGGUGAAGAAGGUUUUACCUCCACUUGUUGAAAGCUACAAGGAUAAAUGUGGCAAAUCUGAAGUUUCAACUUCAUGGCUUAAUAUCAUGGACCUCAUCAUUGCAUUCGAUUCACGUAUGCAGUUGCUCGUCCAAUCCGAAACCUGUUUUCACGUGGGCUCUGAUAUGCUUCAAUGUCUGACUAGGGGAAUAUCAGUAUUGAACAUAUUCUGUGAGAAGCCUGAGUGGCUCAAGAUUUGGGCAAAGAUUGAGUUCAAGGAUGCGUGGAAGAAAUUCAAAGAUGAAUUAAGAGAUGAGAGGGCUUGGGUGCAAAGUAGCAAGUGCGGGAAUGGGUUUUAUCAUGAAAUGGAAUCUGUGGAUUAUCUUCUUGCUAACCAAGAUGACCACAAAGCUCCAUUGAUCGCAGAUUUCGUGCUUAAAGUUGCGUGGGCAAUGAUAGAGAGAUGUCAAAAAUUACCCUCUAUUUUCCCAAGGGUGCAGUUUAUCAGAUCGGCUGCUGGGAAAUUCGUUUGGUGUUUUCUCAAGGUCUUAAUUUCACAUUGCAGGAUAGAAGAAUUGCAGUCUGCCAAUUUUGAUGACAAUGAUGUGGUUAUGAGGGUUUGUGGGUCUAUAAAUGCCGCCAGAUAUGUUGAAUAUAAACUGCUAGAGUGGAGUGAUGAUGUGAAUUUCUUGGACAUGAACUUCGGUGAGGAUAUGGAGCGGCAUGAAAAUGUUGACACUGGUUAUAAUUGCUUCUUUGGGGAAGAAAUUAAAAGCUUGGUUGAGCUCGAGACCAAUUGGCUGAUGGAGAUAAUUGCCUUUCUCCUACAACAAUUUGAAAUGCUUAGCUGGGAUUAUGUCGAGAAUAGGCAUAGUUUUGGGAUUGAGCAACUUGAGCAAGAUAAUACCCCGAGUAUAGUUUCUUCAGGGACUGACAAUGUAGUGUCUGCCGAUCUUGUCAUAGCAUUGGAUGCCUUGAGAAGUCAGCUAACAAGUAUCAGAAAAAUACUAAACCCGAAGGACUUCCUGGAUAUGUGGCGUAACGUCGCCGAUGGGCUCGACCAUUUUCUUUUUCGCAGCAUGCUUACAAGCGACAUCUCUUUUUCCGCAAAAGGGAUUGGUCGGUUUACAGCGGAUAUGAGAGCUUUGUACCUUGUCUUCCAGCCAUUUUGUGCUCGGCCAGAAGCAUUUUUCCCUAGUAUAAGAGAUUCUCUAAGGCUGUUAAACAUGAACGAGAAAGAGGUAAAGCAUUUGCAAAUGGCUUUAUCAGAUAAUGAAAAGCAAAUAGAGUGCUUGCACGUUUGGGGAAUUUCUCACUUAUCUGUGGGGCAAGUUCAUGAACUUUUGAGAUUAGGGAUGUGCAGACCUAAACACGAUUGUGGUAGUAGAAGAUAAAAUUUGUACAUUAUGUUUUUGAUCAUGUAUUGCCGCGAUCCGACUUCUCCUCUC